AGACAGGAGGAGAGCGACAGCUGAAACAGGAGAAGCUGAACUGAAUCCAGAUCUGAUUGGUAUUCAGAGAGUGAGUCUGUCUGCAGUGAGACAUUCCUGCAUGAGUAGAGGGGAGGUGGGGUGAGCGAGGAAGUGGAGGGCGAGGAAGAGGGUUACAGAGGGUGACUACAUUCAUCAGCAACAAUCAAAAAGCUGGUUUCCUCUUCCUUUGUUUUUCAAGGUGUGGCCAUAGAUCCUGUCGCCAUCGGAAAGCAGCAACGUGCACAGGACACAAAGUUUAGGCUUCAUGGAGAUGAAGCUGAGUGAAGAGAUGACAGAACAGAAACUGUCCAGAUGACAACAGAUGACACAGUCCAAAUAUGCUGACAUAGCAUAGUGUUUGAUUGACAGCUCAACAACACACCCUUCCUCUUGCCGCCGCCCACUCAUCGUCCGUCCAGCCAUGUUGUUUAGGAGGAAGCUGUGCGUUGCCCUGAUGACCGCUGCCAUCCUCUUCCUCAUGCUCGCCAGUCAGAGCAUCCAGAGGAGAUACUUUCAGCCUCUGUCAUUAGCCCUGCCCAUCAGCUGGGCCACGCCCACCGGCAGGGAGACAGUAGUUGAACCCACGGUACCUCCUGCUGAUCCUACCCCUGACCCUCCCAGGACCCCCCCUCCUCCCGACACCACCCAACCUGAAGCCGAGGAGAAGCCUGUAAAGAACUCCCAGUAUAACCUGAGGUCGUGUGGUUGUACUGAGUCUUGUAUUUCAGACCUGGGGGGGUCAGACUGGUUCCGCCAGCGCUAUGACCCCAAACAGCAGCCCAUCCUCUUCCGAGACAACAACAACUUUGACCCUAAAGCACUCAGAUGGUGGCUGAAUCUUCAGCGGUCCGGUAACAACGACCAGACUCUAAAUGAAGUGAUGUUAGAUAUGUUCAAGGUCAUUUCCCCACCCACUGUGGACUUCAGGCCCCUCUCCUCCCGUUGCCGUAGUUGUGCAGUGGUUGGCAACUCCGGCAACUUGCGGGGAUCGGAAAACGGCAACCUGAUCAACUCCCACGACUACGUAAUCCGGAUGAACAAGGCGCUGACUCGAGGAUUUGAGAAAGACGUUGGGAAUCGGACAACGCAUCACUUCCUGUACCCGGAAAGUGCGGUGGACGUUGAUCAUGGCGUCAGCCUCGUCCUGUUGCCGUUCAAACUGAGAGACCUGGAGUGGCUGACCAGCGCGCUGUCCACCGGCCAAGUCAAAAUGACCUACAUGAGGGUUAAAGACCGAGUGCAGGCUGAUAAAGACAAGGUUCUGGUGGUGAACCCAGUGUUCUUUAAGUAUGCUAACGAUCGUUGGACCGAGGGUCACGGUCGCUACCCGUCCACCGGCAUGCUGGCCAUCAUCUUCGCUCUGCACACCUGUGACCAGGUGUCGGUGUUUGGUUACGGCGCUGACCAGCAGGGGAACUGGCAUCACUACUGGGAGGACAAUCGCUAUGCUGGAGCCUUCAGGAAGACUGGAGUCCACAGUGCCGACUUUGAAACGCAGAUCAUCCACCGGCUCGCCAAGGAGGGCAAGAUCAGUCUGCACCUGGGACAGAAGCUCCGACCUACUGACCCACAGACAAGCCUACAGACCUUUUGAUCUACAGACUGACCAACAUAUAGACCAACAGACAUGUUGGCCAACCGACAGACCUAAAGACAGAUCUGCUGACUGACAGACCAAUCUGCUUACUGACCAGCAGAUCAUUCACCACUUAAUUGUUUUGACCAAGAACCAGCUACAUCUCAUCUGGUACUCGACUGAGUCUGGUUGCUUGCGGCACACCAGGCUGCCACGGCUUGUUUCGGGAGUGGGGGGGGGGGGAUUUGGACACACUGACAAGAUCACACAAUACACGUCGAUCAUCACGUUUGCCUUGAGUCAGACAUUCAGGCAUGAUUGAAGCCGCUGUUGGGCAUCAAUAUUUGAACAUACCUGGAUUACCUGUGGACGGAGUCUUCUGGGGACUGUUGGGUGGGGUUCAGAUUUCCUCCCUCUGCAGACUCUUGCUGGUUGGAAUGAGUUCUAGCUCAACUUGAACAUACAGACUGUUUAUCGGGACCCUCCACUGUACAAACAGACCUGCUGUCUGGGACUGCGAGGAAGGACCACACAAGUUUUGCUCUGAGCGGGAAACAAACAGAGACUUUUUAUAUAUUUUUAAUAGAUUUUAUUGACUAUAUACAGGGAUAACCUCUUUUUUUAAUCAAAGCACUUUGCCCUGCAGAAGAAAUGGAACUAAGAGGCCAUGUUGUUGCUUCUCUGUCCAACCACAUUUCAAGGAAUUAUAUAUUUUAUAUCAUUUAUAAUCCAUCCAUUUAUUCUAACUGAAUCUUAAUGCAAACCGUCCUGAACUGUCGCUUACUGUCCUGACAGACUUACGUUUUCUUUCACAUCUACAGUUUGGGAAUGUAGGCCAAUGACACUUCCUGUCUCGACCAUAUAUGGCGCUGGAGGCAGUGAGUGGGGGAGCCUGUGUGAGGUUCUCAGCCUGUGUUUGAGCUUCUCCAUGUGGUCCAGGAUGAUUCAACAGUCUGCAGGUCUUUAGCUGAUUUCACUGACUAAAGCAGGAACAUUUUAAUUAGUAUUUGAUGUGUAUGAUGUGUGAUGUGAAGGACUAGUUUUUUAUACUCCAGUAGCUGACAAAGGUAAUGGUGAGCUGUAAAGGUAAACUCUACAACAACUUAAGAUGUGAAUCAGUGAGUAAAGCUGUAGACUGUUGAACUUCAUGGUCAGACGUAAUGUAAGUAUGUGAGUCACAGCUCAGCUGAUGGGAACGACAAGGACGAGUAGACCCUGCACGACUUUUAACUAAAGAUUUAUUAAACAAAACAUAACAAAGUCAAACAAUCGAGCAACACGACCAGUGUGUGCGGUGCAUGGAUGAGUGGAAGAUGUAGUGCAAUGGAAGUCCAACCAAAAAGAACCAACCAUAUGAAUGAAGAGAGACUGCCCAGUCAAGCAGGUAGCAGAGGAAUCAGCUGUCUGCUGGACUUCCUCUUAAAGGGAGACGACAGCGUGCAGAGGGCUGUCACACCUGUAACUGUGAAUGUACAAAAACUGUUGUUGAUUGUCAAUCAUUGUCAUUGUCAACAGUCGACUGAAUGUUUGUGGCUCUAUGAGGAGUUUCAGGACGUUAUCACACUGAGAAUGUUGGAGUCUAAAUCUGAGAUUGAUCGUCCGUCUUAGAUUGGUUACGUAGUUUCUUUCAGCUGUGCUUUGGUUUUGCAUGAGGGCUACUCCGCGUAAUCCUGUGUUUGGAAGAGAAACCUAUAUCGGCGUAAUCCAAGCAUACAUUUUGGCCUUCACAUGGAUGGUGAGCACAUCCACUCAUGGUAGAUAAUGAAGUUUGCAUCCAGCAGCCACGCAUCUGAGAAAAAAAGUAUAAUUUGCCCUUAAGAACGCAUGAAAACACUUUAACAUUAUCAUGUUUAGUUGACGAAAAUGAAUACAUUUUGUCAUAGUUUUUGUUUUCAGAGGUCACUUUUUAAUAGUUUUUUUACCUCAUUUUUAUUGCGUAAAAAGGUCAACAAAUAUUUUGUCAGUUUUUGUUUUUUAAAAUGAACAUAGGUAUUUACUUUGUACAAAAUCUGAAAAUUUGAAAAGAAAGAUAUCUCACGCUGUAGCUCCUAAAUUAGUUAUCCUCCACUGCCUUUGCUGGUAACAGUAGCUAAUGUUACUGGUUUUAAAAAAAGGAGAUUUAUUGACUAAAUGCAUCCACAAUCUGACUGAAAAUUAGAUUUGGGGUUAACCUUACAUCACAAAGUACAUGAACAAUGUUCAUAUUGCGGCUGUUUGUCAACGUGUGCGAAUGGGUAAAAUCAAGUAUAUUAGCGCUCUAACUUUAGUUGUUUACUGUUCUGACUAGCAGUAGAUCUUCAAACUUCAGCUUUCUUAUCGCUCAUUAUCUUGCUAAACAUGCCACAAACAUGGAGUCAAGGUUUCCAGUAGGAUUACAAAUAGUUUCAUGACUGAACAGGCACCGAGAUGAGGCUACCACUUUCAGGUUGAAACAGGUAUGGGAUUGGGAAUACUCCAUUUCCAGAUUUAGACCAACCUGCCAGUGUGAAAUCGCUCUGUAAAGAGCUCAGUCUGCUUCAAACAAACUUGGUUGUACAACCUUUAAGGGCCAGGGAUAUGGUAGAAAAGAAUUAGAAGUGUUAAUAAUAAUAAUAAUAAUAAUAAUAAUAAUAGUUGUUGUUCCGAACAGCAUCACUGGAAGGCAGAGUAAAAAAUCCUGCCAUCACAGACUGCUCCUGGCUGCAUCCCAUUGCCUCCCUGAGCCCUGUCCAACACAGCUGUCUUUGGUGACAAAAGUUGACGGAUGCAGCUGUCGGAAAGGGAAUUUUAGACGAUCCAACAAGCACUUUAUUUGAAGCAGACUGAGGCCUCUAUAAAUAAUCAUAAAUGCUGAAUUAUAAUCUGGAAGCUGUUGCUCUGAUGUUAUCUUUGCUGCAUUUAGAGUUCUACCUGGUUUGUCUGGAACAAGUCAAAUGGUCUUUUAAAACCCGCCUGCUGAGUCAUCUAAAGCUGCAGUUUAAUCUGAAACAUCUGCUUGUUUUAUAGGUUUUUUUGCUGAGAUUUAACACUUUCUUGGCUUCUCGAGGAAAAACCUCCUGCUGGUAAACUGGGAAACUAUCCACUUAAUGAGGAACAUUCAGCCACUAGCAGCCCUCCAGAGUCCUGAGCUGGCCUAAACAUCCAGAUGACAGGUUUUGGAAUUUGCAGACUAAGUUAUAGUAAAAAGAUGAACUUCCUUACACUGAAAAAAAAAAAAAAACCUAAACUGUGCUAAUUAGAUUUCCUGC